AAAAUUUAAGGAAUACGACAUGUCGCGAAGGACGCCUUGAAUGGUUGUUAGAAACUUCAAUACUUUUCAGUAUUCAUUCGCAUCGCAAUCUUCACGUUGAGAUAGUUUUUAAUGACACUUAAGAAACAUAAAAAUACCUCCGGAAUGUUUAAAUUUAAUAGAUUUUGAUAGUAGUGUUAGUGUAGGCUUAGGUCUACUUAGUCAAAGUCUAAGACUUACUAACUGUAACUUAUUACUAUUACUAAGUAACUUUACAGAACUUCUGUCAGAAGUGUUACAGAGUCAGUAAAUAGUUUAAUUAUAGUAGGCCUAAUACUACUAACAAUAAAGCAAUUUAGUGUAACGGCAUAGACAUCUUUAUUCAAUUAGUGAUUUAGGAGAAUGGCCACUAAAAAAUCAUCACAUGAUGAUGAAAGCCUAGACUUCAAAAAAUUGGAAAAAGAAGUACAGUCUGCUGUAAUAUAUGAAGAAAAAUACUGGAGAGAAAAUGAUGCAAAAAUUAGAGCUGUUGAGCAACGUGUUCCUACUUAUGAUGAUUUUAGGUCAGAAUGUUUGCAAAUAAUUUUAACCCACUAACUGUGGUCGGCCGAAUAAUCAGAGUUUUAUAUCGCUGUUUUUUUAAAGCUAAAAUGGUUGAACCUAUGGCUGGGCCUUCAGGGCAAGAACUAAUACAAAUAUGUUUGAACGCUUUUUAGGAGAGGUUUUAAGUGAUACUGAUGAUGAAUUUAACAUUCCCCAUGACGAUAUCAGUUGAGAUUAUUCUUCUCGUGAGUUUUGUACUAGUCUUAGUGAUACUGAAGUAGGCAUACUAAGGCUACUGUUAUACCGGGUACUUCGAGCCAAGCCUGGAGAUUGGGCAAGGACUGACUGAAUUUUAGUCACAGAAGCUACAGAUUAUAGUUCAAAACUAACAAAUGUUAUAGUUAAACAACCCAAAUCAGUUCCACAGUUCCUUUUUAAAUGUUUACUAGUCAAUAAUAACUAUUUUGCCUGAGAUUUUGUACUUGGUUUUAGCAGUGGUCCCAGUGUAAUUGCAAUCAAAACCUUAGCAAAUUAUGCAUUUUCUAAAAGAUAAAUGAAUUGGCUACAUUUAGUUUGUGUUUUAAGUAUAACUAUAAAAAUUAAUGAUGUUAUGAGCACUUGAAAGCAAGACAUUUUUUCAAUUUUUUUUUCUUGAGAACUCCAAGGUCAAGGACACUGAGCAAAUUUUUUUUUACGGGGUGGGCAAUAUGGCCAACUUUAUCCCCAUCCAUUUACAUUUCUAAAAUUGCUCUGAAAAGCUGCACACCACUGAAUAAUGCAUGCCACAGUUCGUGGGUUAAUGUCUAAGUUAACGUAAAAGCUAUUAAUGCAGCAUUAAUUUCAGCAUGGUCCUGAAAAAUGGAUAUUAUUAAAUGCUGCUAUAGAGCCUAUGGAAUAAUGCUUUCUAAUUGCUAAUAAUUAAAACAUCUAUGUUUAAAAUAAAUAUAUCAUAUUUAUUUUGAUUUUAUUUGUUUGCAAUUGAGCAGAGAAAUGGUGUUGGCAGCCCAUCUAAAACCCCUGGAAAAAGAAGACAGAAUCAGCAGCAUUAAAAAUUUUACUCAAGUUUGGAAUCAGGCUGCUGACAAAUUUUCUGGUCCAAAUAUUGAUAAUGAGUCAAUUGGCAGUGGGUAUAUUGAACAGGUAGAUAAUAACGUAAAGGCCUUUAUUUUUAUUUAAUCACUUAAAUUGUAUAUAGCUGUUUUAGUUUCGUUCCAAUCACAUUUUUAGAGCUGGGGUCAGCAAACUUUUAUUAAAAAGGGCCAGUAAGAAGAUAUCUUUAGCCCCUAGGGUACCAAAUUAAUUUUGCCAAAAUGAAGAUGGUUUAUGUGACCAAAUGUAUGAUCAGAAUAUUUCACUCUUAUAUCUUCCAUAAAAAUGGAGCUUUAAAACAUGCAAGCCAAAGUGUUUUUCUUUUUGUAAUGUAACAUGAAACAACAAAUUGGUACUUUAUCUGACAUAGCUGACAUUAAUUUAGUUAAGAUUCAAAUUAAAAUAUUAUUACAUGGGCGAAAAUUGAAAUGCACUACUGGUUAUCAUCUUUUUUUCACAUCAGUAAGAAACAUGGUACUAUUGGUACUUAUGCUUUUCUGACAUAAUGACAUUUAGUUGAAAAAAGUUAGUUAUUGUUUGCAUGUGCUCAUCACUGAACUGUAACCAUAUUUUAAAUAUUUCAACUUUUACCAACUUUUUACAAGUAUGUGUGACUAAAAUGAAUUCAAUUGUGAAAGAUUUUAAAUCAGCAUAUUUAUCACCUAGAAACAAAUGAUUGAAUUCUUUCACUUUCCUUUCUUUGUCUUGAAUAUAGAUCACGCCUAUAAAGUUGAGUGGGCAGCUCUCAGUUCAAAAUAGUGAUAAAACCUUCGAAAGACUAAGUCAUCUGAUAAAAUCAUAAUGGGAUAAGUUGGGAUAUUCUACUUUUAUUUCCACUUCCACCAGAAAUUCACAGAACUUAUGAUGAUUGAAAUGUUAAUUUUUAUUAUUUAUCAGGGUAUCUUGAUGAUCUAAAUUUUUGUGGAACCUCCAGAUUGUUAGACCCUUCAUUCCCCCCCCCCCCCUUUUUUAAACAGAAAUUCACAGAACUUAUGAUGAUUUAAAUGUUAAUUUUUAUUAUUUAUCAGGGUAUCUUUAUGAUCUAAAUUUUUGUGGAACCUCCAGAUUGUUAGACCCUUCAUUCCCCCCCCCCCCUUUUUUAAAUCUUACUAAUUAAUCUUUGAUAGAUCUUGCUCUGGUUAGAUAAAAGUUAAUGUUACAUAAGUCAAUGCUAAUUUUAAAAUUAUCUGAAAAAAUAUUGCCGUGAUUAAUGAAAUAUUUUACAAUACUUUUAUAUAUUGCUUUUAAUAGGCUAUCUAUUUAAGAUUUUCAAAUUUUCUAGUUCAUUAGAUUAUGCAUUAUUGGAAUUAUAUAAAUAUAUGCAUACAUGCAGGGCUGGAUUAACCAUUAGGGAAACAAGGCAUGUGCCUAGGGCAUCAAGCAUUUGGGGGGUACCACAAGUCCUCAAGAAAAAUGUGUAUAUUGACCCGGUAGCGUAAUUGCAUGGCAAAAGCAAAUCGCAAAUGUAAUAUUGAAUCACACAUUAUUUAACCUUGAUCCCACAACCUGGGGGUAAAAUACCCCCACCCAGUUUUUUUGCUAUUUUUUGUUAUUUUUCUUCAAGGUUUUUUGGUGCUAUUUUUUUAAUUUUCUGGGAUAUGUUUGUGCUACGUAACGCACUAAUGCGUAGUGACAAAUUCACUUCUGUUUUGGUCUGCUAGUGAAAACAAUUGUGAAUAGGGUCAGUCAAGCUCUACAAAAUGAGCAAGUGAACUUGAAAACGUGUGCUGAUUUGUAUUCUUCACUAGCAAAUCACUUGCAUGAAUCUAGGAAUGAAUUUGAAAGAUGUGAAGAAGCUGCAAAAAAGGAAUAACACCAGAUGUGGAUUAUAAGUCAACUUUGACCCAUAAUCGUAAACGAAAGACAGUGGUCAUUGAUGGUGAUGCCCCUGAGGUAUCUCAGAAUGCCAGAGACAAAUUUCGUAUAUCUGCUUUCUAGACCAUUGUUGACAAACUUGUAACAGAGAUGAGUAGCCAAGGAUAGAUAUAUAAUGAUCUAGCAGUUCGAUUUUCUUGUUUGGUCGAUGCACCUCAAACAUCUCAGUGUUGUGAAGGACUAAUAAAUGCUUAUCCUGAAGAUCUGAACAAUAAUUUAUAUACCGAACUACAACAGUUCCACUCAUAUAUUCGCCACAAGUUUCGUGCAUCAAAAUCUGAGAACAACAUGUUCAGUCAUGCAGAACUCUAAAAGUAAUAUUUAGAGACAACAAAUCGAGUGUGCUUUUCCAAAUGUAGAAAUUUCCUUGCGCAUAUUUUAAAAAUUAAUGGUUACGAACUGUUCAACUGAGCGCUCUUUUUCUCAGUUGAAACGUACAAAAAAUCCAAGUAGAUCGACAAUAAAACAAGAAAGGCUUGAUUACUUAUCUUUGCUGAUGGUUGAGGCAGACCUGUUGCUUAAAAUUAACUUUGAUGAUGUACUCAAAAACUUUGUCAGACAUAAAUCUAGAAAAAAGAACUUUAAAAUGUAAAUGUGUGCUCUCUCUGACUUUCUUAUCUAUCAAAAAAGUUUCAGUAUUUUUGUCUACUAUUAUUACAAAAUGCAUUAACUAUUAAUUUAAAUACAGAAAUACCUUAUUGUAGGUUUUAUAUGAGUGAUAGUAGUACAAACAUAUGUGUUUACAUUUCACAACUGUUUUUUCUUUGUUAGUUUUUUUUGCAUAAUAUUGAACAUACCAGCAGUCAGUGGAGGAUUUGGGGCCCGGAGCUGUAGGGGGCACCCAUGUGGGUUUGUGCCUAGGGCACCAAGAUGGCUUAAUUCGGCCCUGCAUACAUGUAUGCUAAUACUAAAAUCUGUGUGCUUCUGGAUUGAGCAAAAAACAUUUGACAGUGAGGUGAUUUUAAGUUUUAAAGACCUUUCAAAUUAUCUUUAUUUUCAGACUAAGAUAACAAUACCUAAAUCUGGACAAGACUUUGUCCAACACUGGAAACGCACUUGCAAAUCUAUAGACGAAAAGAAAAACUUUCUAUUUUUUAUUGGUGGACAAAGACUGCAAGAAAUUUUCAAAAUUGAGAUCAGUGGUGGUUUAUUGGGAGAAUUCAUUGAGUGCUUGAUGUGUGUAGAACCUCAUGAAGUACUUAAGUCACUUGAGCUCUUAGAGGCAUUCUCUAAGUCACAGAGAUUUUCUUUGUCUAAAUCAUUUCUGAAUAAAAAAGAGAAGCAUAUGUGUUUGAUACUUUUUGAAAAACUGAAGAAUUCAGAGAGCAUCAAAAACAAUGAGUUUCCUUUGGAGAGCUUGGUAAAACUCCAGAAAAUUUAUUGUUGAAGUGAAUUAUAUGAAAUAAAAAUUAUCUACCAGCUCAAAGUGAUUUGAUGUUUGAAUAUUUUACAUCUGACACAAUUGUGCAUCAUUUAAAAAGAAGUCCUGCAGGUUAAGAAUGGAUAAAAUUCCUAAUGCUAACAUAAUUAAAUUUUUAA